AUGCUGAAGUCAAUCCUGCCCAAAGAACACAGACGAUCAAAGUCAAAGGACCUCGGUCGAGUCGCCUCCAACACCGCCACCACUACACAGAUGGUUCCUCUUCUGCCUCCCGACCAUCCUCACUCGAUCAGCCAAUCCGCCGAGGAUGGCCGUUCUGGCAGACAGGCCAAGAAGGAGAAUGCUCCACCACACAAGCGCUCCAAGAGCACCGUGUCAUUACGCUCUCUGGGCAGAGACAAGGAAAAGGACAAAGAGAAGAAGAGUCGAAAGGAAAGAGAAAAGGAGAAGCAGAGUCAGCGUGCCACAAAUGACCAGGACAACCGCGACACGCGCAAGAGCAUGAAGAAGACCAAGUCCUCCACCAGCCUCCGCGGCUUGUUUGGAAAAAUGAACCGCUCGUCCAAGGACCUCAGCGACACAGUCCACGACAAGGAGAACCAAAGCCCGCCGCCCUCAGCCCUAGAGUCCACUACAAGCUCUGUCUGGCCCCAGAACCCACCCGCCCUUCAACAGCUUGACGCAGAGAUCGAUCGCUACACUCCCAAGGACUACACUCCGUCCAAACAACGCGACUUUUCCGCCUAUGGCCAGCCCGCUCUUACGAGACCCUCCUCGUCUGGACGUCCCAAGAGUUUGGUAAUGCCUGGCUCGACAUCCUUUCUCGAUAUCCUCAAUCGCCCUAUCAGUCGUGACCGAGACCGUGCCCAGAUGGACUCACGUGGAAGUACCUACUCGCGUGGCAGUCGCGGAAGCUUCGGAGAGGGCAAACACUCGUUCGAUCGCAAAGUGAGCUCCAGCAGCAAUGAACGACCUGCGCCGAAGCCUUUGGCAAACAUACCCAAGCGCGGUCCAAGGGUCAUGGCUGCUGUUGCCGCUUUUGACGAAAAGGCCAGAGAAAGUGUGACUACAAGGGAGGAACCGAAGCUGGAUCCUAAGACUGUGGAUGCCGCUUUCGAGGCCGUAUUGGUGAAUCAAUCUCUCAUUCCAUACGUGUGUUCCAUUUUGCUAACACGUAUCUUCACAGNNGACUCACGCAACAUCCCUGAAAAUAUGCGACAANAGAUGCGUACUUUGACACUUCGUGUCAAGGCCGACUUCGUUAGACAAGACAAGGGUGCUCUCAGCCCUACUAAACCAGAAUCUCGGCUUCCAUUCUUUCAUGACGAGCCUGCUCAGCAACCGGCUGUCGAAUCCGGCGAAGAAGAGGUGAAGGAGGAUCUCACAAAACGGUCAAGAUCAAGAAGUAAGACUUUCACACUGACCAGAAGUGAUGGCACUGCGAAGAAACAAAAGCCAGACAGCCGACCCAACUCGAUUCAUAUCCCAAGAUCAUCAGGAACUCUGCCCAGACAUUCUGUCCCUACAUCACCUGGCAGAGGCUCACAAGCUGCCUGUCCCGAUGAGUUUGUGGCUUACUUGGAAAAUGUUCGCGAUCCCGUCCAGAUGGAAGUCGGCCGUCUACACAAGUUGCGUCUCUUGCUUCGAAAUGAGACUGUUGCUUGGGUUGACAACUUCAUAUCACUUGGUGGCAUGGCUCAAGUUGUGGAUCUGCUCCACCGCAUCAUGCAGAUUGAAUGGCGCGAGGAGCAUGAAGAUCAACUACUCCAUGAAGCACUGCUCUGCUUGAAGGGGCUUUGCACUACCGAAGUUGCUCUCAAGGUCCUUUCUACUUUGGCUGAUGCUCUAUUCCCUAAACUCUUGGCUAUGCUUUUUGACGAAGAGAAGAAGGGGCCGAGUGAGUUCACCACCAGAGGCAUAAUCGUCAACAUUCUUUUUGCAUAUUUGGGUGCAGCGCGUAACAAUGGACCAUACGACCUUGCUCAAAGGGCUCGUGUGAUUCUGGCCUAUCUUGCAGAUCCAAAGAAACCCGAGGAAGCACAACCAGUAUCCUUUGUGCUCAGCAUGCGACAAUCUCGACCGUACAAGGUGUGGUGCACAGAAGUCAGCAACGUGACGAAGGAAGUAUUCUGGAUUUUCCUACACCACCUCAAUGUCAUACCACUUCCGAAGAAAGAGACUCUGGAUGGAAAUGGCUCGGCGCCGACACGACCAGAUGGAACCACAACACCUGGUCAAAGCUAUGCUCAGCGUUUCUUCCCAGGAGACCGACCACCCGUUCCGGCUGCUCCCUAUGUCGGUGGCGUCGAGUGGGAUGCAACUACAUACAUGACAGCUCAUCUUGAUCUUGUCAAUGGCCUCAUUGCAUCACUUUUGACCAGAGAAGAUCGCAACCAGCUGCGUUCCGAGCUCAAGACCAGUGGUUGGGAAAAGAUGAUGGGUGGCACCAUGCGUACUUGCAAGGAGAAGUUCUACUGUGGUGUUCAUUCUGGUUUGCAAAACUGGAUAGCCGCCGCCCAAGCCGAUGGAUGGGACAUCGACUACGUGCGAUAUGGUCCAAGCAAGGAAGAGAUGGCUGCGUCGAGUCCAAAGAAGAGUCCGAAGAAGACGGAGCCGCCUCCACAACUUGGUCUUCCCAUCAUACAGAUGCCCAAGCUAACACUGGGAUUGGAUCGAUCCAACUCGACGCCUGCCUUUAACGCCAGUAACGAUAAUGAUGGAUGGUUGCUUUGA